CACUACGACGUCGUCUGCUCGGACGAGGGAGCAACACAUUUUAUUUUUCGUUUGAUGGGACUUGUUUAUCCUCAACAUUCCUCUCAUUCAACUGGAUGGCUCUUAGACAUGGAUCAGAAAUGGAGCGUCGCUGAAGCGCAGUGUGUGAAUGGUACACAUUUCUGGACCAGCAUGUGAGCUUGAACAAAUAUAAUCGAAUCAUAUCAGGGAGGACAUGGACGAACAAGAAGAUGUGACGGAGCGUGCGUGCACGGGCUGUGGCGGGACGAUUCAGGACGCUUUCCAUGUGAAGGUUCUUCAAGACGCCUGGCACAACUCAUGUUUUCAGUGUUCUGUGUGCUUUGAUCUCCUGACAAACUGGUACUUUGAGAAGGAGGGGAGACUGUUCUGUCACAAACACUACUGCGAGAAGUUCGGGGAGUUGUGCCAUGGUUGCUCGCUGCUUAUGACGGGACCUGCUAUGGUGGCAGGAGACUAUAAAUACCACCCCGAAUGCUUUGUGUGUUUGAGCUGCAGGGUGGCGAUCGAGGAACGGGAUACCUAUGCCUUAGUGGAACGUGUUAAACUCUACUGUGGUAAAUGCUACAAGCAGGAGGUCUUGACACCGAUGUUGGAGAAGCGUGGUUUGGCUGACUCUCCAACAGACCUGCUCCCUCACACAGUGACUUUGGUGUCCAUGCCGGCCGCCACCAAUGGUAAACGGGGCUUUUCUGUCAGCGUCAUUAGAGACUGCACCAGUGCCACAGCCAGCGUACAGGUCAAAGAAGUCAGAGGGAUGCAUAUUAGUCCAGAGGUUCGGAAUGCCAUCCACGUUGGGGACCGGAUCCUGGAGAUCAAUGGAUUGCCUGUGACAACUCUGAUGGAGGAGGAGGUGGAGGAUCUCAUCCACCAGACCAGUCACACGUUGCAGCUGUUGAUCGAAUAUGAUCCAGUCAGACAGCGUCUGGAACGACUCCGCCUGAGCUCAUCCCGUAACCAGCUGGGUGUGCCUGCAGUAUCCCGUAUGCGUCUGUCCUCCCCAGCAGAUGCUGAGAUUGAGCGGAGUGACUCUGUGGGCAAUGGGACAUUAAAGAGGAGGUCCCUCAGACGUAGCAACAGCACCUGCAAGUCUCCAGUCUCUGCAUCUCCUAAAGACCCCCCGAUCUUGACCCGGGAUAUCGGGCGCUCUGAAUCCCUCCGCUCCACCUCCAGCUGCUCUCAUCGUAUCUUCCGUCCCUGUGACCUCAUUCACGGAGAAAUCCUUGGAAAGGGGUUCUUUGGACAGGCCAUCAAGGUGACUCAUAAAGCCACAGGUGAGGUGAUGGUCAUGAAGGAGCUGAUCCGCUGUGAUGAAGAGACACAGAAAACGUUCCUAAAGGAGGUUAAAGUGAUGAGAAGUCUUGAUCACCCACAUGUUUUGAAGUUCAUCGGUGUUCUGUACAAAGAUAAGCGACUCAAUCUGAUAACGGAGUUCAUUGAGGGAGGCACUCUGAAGGAUUUUAUCAGAGACACGGAUCCAUUCCCAUGGGAACAGAGAGUUAGUUUUGCAAAGAGCGUUGCAACUGGAAUGGCAUAUCUGCAUUCAAUGAGCAUCAUACACAGAGAUCUCAACUCACACAACUGUCUGGUCAAAUUGGACAACACCGUUGUGGUGGCAGAUUUUGGUCUCUCUCGUCUUAUCAUGGAGGAAAAGGUCAAGCAGCCGCCUCCUGAUAAGACAACCAAUAAGAAAAGACUUUUCAGACGCACUGACCGCAAGAAACGUUACACGGUGGUAGGGAACCCUUACUGGAUGGCCCCAGAGAUGCUAAAUGGCAAACGCUACGAUGAGAAGGUAGACAUAUUCUCCUUUGGCAUUGUGCUUUGUGAGAUUAUAGGACAGGUAAAUGCAGAUCCUGAGUGUCUUCCAAGAACGCUGGACUUUGGGCUCAACGUGCCAAAGUUCAUAGAUAAAUUCCUUCCUGAGGACUGUCCUCCUGCUUUUUUCCCAUUGGCUAUUGCCUGUUGUGACCUCACCCCUGACAACCGGCCAGCUUUUCAGAAGUUGGAGGACUGUUUCGAGGCAUUAACUCUGAAUCAGGAGUUGGGUAUCCCUCUACCGUCUGAACUGGAUGAACUUCAGCAGAAGUUUUUAAGGACUUAUGGAGCGAGUGGCAUUGCCUCUGAGAACCAGGAUAACAACAGGACCUAAUCCAAUGUCAACAUCUGCCAACAUGGGCUGGAACUUUUUAUUUUUAUUUUUUAUGAGUUUACAGAAUUGAGCCAGAACAUAUAUUUUGUGUAAAGGGAACAUGGACGCCGGUAUGCUUUCUAAAGAUCGUCAUGGCAUGCAGACAUUUUGAGGGCAUUCUUGAACUGCAAAGUGUUCUUCGCAGAGUGCUGUUAAGGGAACUGGUACAUUUCAUUUACCUUGAACUUCUUUCCGAGGCCAAGUGACAUUUUCUUUCCUUCUGUUUUUCAUAACAGACUAAAUGGAAUGGUUUGGUGUUGAUUUAACCAUUUAACUCAAAACCUGUUUGAGUGCCUACCACUGGAUGACAAACUUCCCUGAUGGAUGUUUUUCCAGUAAUCAGACGCAACUGCCAGAUUCAUUUCCACAGUGAUUUAAUGCAAUGCUUACUGACUGAGUUGUGUUUUGAUGAAAUGGUUAAUACUGUAAAUUCCUAGUGUAGUAACGCAUUGCAUUGAUCAUUAAGUAUUUUGAAGAUCACAAGGAUUUUAAAAGCAUUCAUGGCUGAAUCUCACUAAACCUUUCAUAAACGUGUCGGCUCUUAGUUCACCUCAAAAUCAAAAGAUAGAAAUGAUAUUUUCCUUGAAAUGAAGUACAAAAAAGAAAAUGAAGCCAACUUUAGGAUCAUUAAGAUUUUUUUGCAUUGUAAUUAGUCCCAUGGCAACUUAACAACGAGAAUCUAAUAUUUUCAUUUGAAACCUGUUUUCAGUUUCCUAACAUCAUAAUUUUUUCAUGAAAGUCUCCUUUGCAGUGGAGGAAAAUGCUGUUCCAGCAUGAAUGAAAGACAUAAACAUAGCAAAAUCGAUGCGUUUUUACCCGGAAAUGUAUUUGUGUGGAAUAGCCAUUGAGAAUAAUGGGAAUUUUAAAAUAAAACCUCAAAAGUAACAUUUCCGGAUGCAUUAAGUAAUGAGAAUUUGCAGGAAAUUUUUCUUAAUUGUCAUAAAAAUGUCACAUUGAAAAAGACAUCUGUUAUGAUUCUAAAAUUAGCUUAAUUUCUUUGAGAGCUGGAUUUUUUUUUUUUUGUGAGAUUUACCCAUUUAUGUCAAACUAAUAUGGGUGGUUGUUAAGUAUUUAGCAAUUAUUGAAACUAUCUUGAACUCUAGGAAGGUAAAUCAAGCAUUUAACUAAACUGCCCCCUGCAGGUAGUUGUGUUUAAGUGCAUUUAGUCCCUUUCCAGUAAAAUAAUAUGAUUGUUUCUGUAACACUAGCACUUGAGGUCAUGACCUAUGUAACUCCACAACCCAAAGACAGAGUGUGAAAAAACUGUUAUGAAGGACAAUAACUAGUUUGAGUUCUGAUUUGGUUUUCCAUAUGUGGUUUCCUGGGAAUCCUUUUCUAUAUUGUAGCUACUUGGUACAUCAGCUAUUUAAAGAAAAACUGGAGUAGUUCAUUCCACAGUCAUGGACACACCUUAUAAUCCAAGGCACAAGUUUUUUUUUUUUUUUUCUUCUAUGUAUCUAAACCUGCGCUGAAGUUCUUCUCUGAGUGAAAUUAGUGAGAUUGUAAUGCUGGAUCUUGACUGGCCAUUUCAGGGUUUCUGAAUAAUUUUUGAAAAGGUCUGUAAUCUAGUUCCAAUCUGCGACUGCAGAUGUUUAAUGACGUUUUGUGAGGAUGUUUGAAAAUAUCAUUCUAACUUUGAUAACAAAUGUUUAAAUUAAACUGGAUAUAUUUUUCAUUAUGUAUAGAUUUGAAGAUAUCAACAGAUGUUUGGAUAAUAUUUGUAGAUCACAAAUGUUUGUAGAAUGUUUAAAGCAUUUUUCUAGACUUAUCUAAGGUACUGACAUGUACAACAUUAUAACCACUACAUCACUCAAUUUCUUACACUGUUUCAUGAAUAAAAAUGAGCAAAUAAGUAUUUUAUUUAUCCUUUUGUAAAUAAUAAUCCACUUUUUUUUUUCGUGUUUAAUCAGCCACAGCGAGGCGCUGUUGUUUUAAGAACUAUCGAGUAUGUAUACUCUGCAUGCACGUAAAACUUGCAUUACCGAAUACGUUUGCCAUGUGCAGUUUACAAGGGAAUACACUUUCCAUUUCCAGUGUUACGAAUUAACCUGAUGCUACCUAAUCUUUUUGUUGACUCAUUAUUUAAUUGCACAGCCAAGAGUUGCGUUUUUUUUUUAUUAUUGGGUUAAAAGUAAACUUUUAAUUCCAAAAUGAUAACUGGACGUCACUUGUAGGUUUAAUCACGCACUUAAUGAGGUCACGUGACAUCCAUAUAGCAUACUGUCACAUACUAUUUAAAAAGUAUUUAUUAUAGACUGUGCAGUAUUCUAGUAUUCAAUUCCAAACAUGUUCUGAACAUUUUAUGCCCAUAGGGUUAAGUAGCUACUAUAUGAUUAUGUACAUGUACUCGUAGUGUAAAAUACUAGGGGGGAAAAAAGGAAGACAAUAUACUUCAAACUCAUUUUAUUUAACAGCAGUAAACAACAACUGCCAAACAUAAUGCAAUCAAGAUCUUUUGAAACUAUAAGUUGUACAGUCCAGUGUAUCACAGGAAAAAUUGCAUACAUCAGGGACUAAACUAAAUCAAAAUAUUGAAAUCUGCAAAAUGAAACUUUUUUUUUUAUCAGGUUGAAAAAUAUAAAUCGUAUUUUUUUACUCUAAAUUUAGUUCAGUUAUUUAAUACCUUGUCUUACACUCUCUCCUGCAGUCCUUGAGAAACUUGAUGCACCAAUUGCUUUAAUGGAAUAAAACAUCUUUGAUUUUUGACAACGAAGCAGUGAAGGUUAGAUUUGCUGUCUCUUCUAUGACGCUGUACAAAGCUCCUAUAGAGCACAUCUGAUAUGAAUAAGGUGUUAAAAGUUUAUUUCUCUGCUGAACAGUUGGAUCAUUUUAUUAUGUUUCAAAGUACACUGUUCUUAACCAUAUAGAAGGGUCUACAUAGACAGAGUGUGGUUACAUGUACGUUAUUAUACAGAUUAUGCUUAAGACGACAAGGUGUGUGGUUAUGUAAACUAAUUAAACUGCUUCCCUUUAUCGGUUUAAGGUCAUAAGAAUAAACCAAUUGACAUGGGUAGAUUUUUGCCCAUUACCCAGAUUUCACGUUGCAUGUAAACACCUUUACCUGCGUUCUUACCGUCUUAUGAACCUAUUAAUUGUUGUGCGCAUAUCUAUUCAUGGAUUAACGUCAAAAGCAGAGAAUAAAUCAAUUAUUUCAAAUCUCAUGUAAUUGUGUUUUUCUUGCUUUGCCAGAUUUAUUUAAUAAGCUGAUAUUUGUGAGUUACCAGCACAUUGGUGUGCAUGUAAACUGCCUCAAUGACCACGUUUACACACAUUCUGCAUAAAGCGAUCGGCAAGGGAAGAUUUUUGCCCAUUACCCUGAUUUCGCUCCAUAUGUAAACAACUUAUCCAAUGCACGCAAUUGUUGUGCACAUGUCCGUUAACGUUUUGACAUCAAGAGCAGAAUAAACCGAUGAUUUUAAAAGUUAUGUAAAUGCAGUUUCCUUGCAUAAUUAUGGAUUAAACAGAUUUUUGGUUGUUAGAAGCUUAUUGUUGUGCAUAUAAACAUGCUCAUCCCCAGUCAGACCCUUUCUGGUUGGUCGGCUGAGGCCUCCUCAUUUCCUUUCUUAGAAACAGCAGCACUCAUUCAGUUUUCAACACUCACUUCUCAUGAACCAAAAGCAA